UGGAAGCUCUGUGAGGUACAUCUUAGUUGAUGAGAAAAGUUUUGAUCAUCCAGGCUGUUGUGCAGGACAACGCCGGUGAGGCAACCUCCCUAGAUUGGAUUGUUGCGAUGAAUGCAAAAUUCAUAAACAAAUCACCUUCUCGAAUUGUUUACCCAGGACGACUGAUUAGAAAGACGAUCGAGUAAGAUUCGGUCACGCUGACAAAACUUGCUGGAUCGUCUAGAAUUCAAACGAUACUUCGCAAUGUUGAGACCCAGUUCUGUUGUCUUAAACUCGUUCAAAGUAGUUCUUUUAGGUGGUAACAGUGUAGGGAAAUCGUGGCUGCUUCACAGAUGUGUUCAUGGCUUGAUCAAUCAACGUAUCCCUUCUACAAUUGGAGUCUCCUUUUCUGUUAAGAAAGUAAAUCUUGAAGAUGGUACACAAGUGAAACUUGAUAUUUGGGAUACCGCUGGUGCAGCGAGAUUUGACAGUUUAAGCUCAAAGCAGUGCGAUGGAGCUCAUGCUAUCAUUGUUGUGUAUGACAUAACAGAGGAACCUUCUUUUGAAAGAGCAAAGAACUGGGUUAGAAAGGUCCAGGAAAUGGCCAUCCCAAACAUUUUUUUGGUACUUGUAGGGAACAAAGCAGACCUUGAAGCUAACAGGAAGGUGAAACGUGAGGAUGCUCAGAGCUAUGCAGAAUCCAAUGGAAUAGAUCUCUUUACUGAAUUGUCAGCCAAGAGUGGCGGCAACAUGGAAGAAUUGUUAUUGGCAAUCGGGUACAACUUAAAGCUGGCGCGUAUAUCGGUGACAGAUUUGAAGAAGGCAAUAGAUAAAAAUAGCAAGGCCUUAGAUCUUGGACGAAAAAAGCUGGUGAGAGUUCCUGACUCCGUUGCAGAAUUACGGGAAGUACAGACACUGAACCUUUCAGAAAAUAAUCUCACACAACUACCAAGAUAUUUGAAAAAUCUGGAGAAUGUGACAAUGUUGAUCUUGAGUCAAAAUAAGCUGAAACGGCUGCCAGAUGGUAUUAUUGAAAUGACCAAUCUGAUUUGUCUUAACGUGAGCGACAACCAACUUUCCUGUCUACCGAAAGAUAUCAAACGUCUGCAAAAACUUAAGGUGCUCGAAUUGAGGAAUAACAAAUUACAAAGACUUGAUGUAGAUAUCAGCUGCCUGAAACGACUUGAGAAGCUGUCUGUGAAUGGUAACCCCUUAGACUUUGGAGCUGUCAGAAGUCUGAUGGACUUAAAGGAGAAAUAUCAAGGAAGGAUUCAUUUGGAUAUUGCAGUUCCAGCCGAAAUACUGGCCCAAGGACCCGUUGCAAAACAGCUUUAUGAAGACGCUCUAAAGGAUGGGUCUGUAAGUGUUUGCCGAGCUCGAAUAUUGAUCAUUGGUCAGGAUCGUGCUGGCAAAACAAGUUUGAAGAAGUCACUCCUGGGUCAACCGUUUGACCCUGACGAACAGAGUACCGAUGGAAUUGAGGUCGAUCCAUCUAAGUGUACCAUUGAAGUUGACCAAAUUAAGAACUGGAAUCCCACUGGUAAAAAAGAAUCAUGUUUGGGUGAAUGUUCUGAAGAGAUAUCAAGAAUGUUGGCUGAAAAAAGGUAUCAGUGGAUUCUUAAAAUAGAAGAAACUGAAUCAGAAGGAGCACCUUAUGAAGAGCCCAAACAAGAACAACCCGUGGAGGACUCCAACAUCAAGGAUGAAAACGAGAUUCCUUGUACUGAAGACAGUCCUAAGAGUCCGAACGUUUAUUCGUCAACAAGUGAAAAGCAAGAUGACGAAACAGAAAACCAAACCCGUGGUUGCUCGCAAGAGAAAAGAGGCGAUUGCGCAAGUAUGGAGUUUGAGUCCGAAUUGAUACCAGAUACAAUGGUGGAACGUGCUGAUAGAUUAUUGAAGGAAAUGAUUGACGGUAAGGACAGACAAAGCCCCCAAGAUGACAAAGAAUCGAUUAUAACUAUCGAUUUGUGGGACUUCGCGGGACAACACUUGUAUUAUGCCGCUCACUCAGUAUUUUUUACUGCAAGAGCCGUGUAUAUCCUUGUGCAUAACCUCAGCAAAGAACUGAAUACCCUAGCUCAGCCUUGUGUGAGACAAGAUUGUCACAACAUCAUCUUGGAAAACCCUGGCAGAGUAACAAAUCUUGAAGAUCUGCUUUCAUGGCUUGCAACCAUUCACAGUAUCAAACCGAAAGACGAGGGAACGCCAGUUGACAACUCAGACACACUGAUUUCCUACCGUCGACCCCCAGUAUUCAUUGUCGGCACACAUGCUUACCAACCAAUAGAAAAUACCGAGACUGUGAAGGAAAAGAUUCAACAGGCUGUAUCUGGUAAGGAGUACGGAAAACAUGUGAUCCCACCUUUGCUCAACAUUGAUAACACACAAAGUCACCAGUCAUUGAUUGGUAAAACACAGCAAAACAAACCUGUGCAAAGCAUCUUGAAGAGGUUGUUCAGUAAGCAGUCACAGGGGAGUCAUCAGAGAGGAAAAAGUGGAGAAAAAGGCAAAGCUAUUGGUGAUGAGAUUCAUACUCUCCGUGCCAAAAUCAUGGAAGUUUUGCGAAAGGAGCCAUACAUGGGAGAGAGGAUACCAAUUAGGUGGUUCGACUUUGAAAAACUUGUAGAGACUUUGGUAGCUGGCAAUGUUUAUUUUAUGAAUAUGGAGCAGCUUCAAACGGUUGUCGAGAAGGCGAACAUUGUAGACGGGGAUGAACAUUUCAAAACCAUGCUUAAUUUUUAUCACGAUUUGGGAAUUAUUGUCAAGCACCGCAGUACGGUCAUUCUAAAAGCUCAGUGGCUAAUUGAUCUGUUCAGGAAGCUGAUAACCAUUCCCCCAUUUGACAAAAUGGAUCCUGUGGAAUCAAAGCACUGGCACGAACUCGAGAGAAAUGGUUUCCUCAGCAUAGAGCUUGUUGAUCACGUGUUUUCAAAAUUUCUUCGUCAAGGCGUUAUCAAAGAAGACAUCUUGGACAUGAUGGAGCUGUUUGGUUUGAUUGCAAAGUUCUCGUCACCAUCUCUGCCUGACGUGAAGUAUUUUGUACCAUGUCAACUGAGGUCCCCACCGGAAGAGCUUCGUAAAAUGGAGCCAUCAUCCACUGAUCCUUGUCCUCUGUAUGUCCACUUCCUCGAUGGUUUUGUUCCGCAUGGUCUUUUCCCGCGCCUUGUCUCAAGGACGACGGCUUCGGCAGCCGGGAAUGAAUCAUCACACCUGCAGAAACUCUACCAGAAUGGAGCCUGGUUUGUUUUAGAGGGAAACAGCAUACAUGAUAUGAUCCUGAUUUGCCAGAAAAGAUUCAUUAAAAUUUUACUGAGAGAAAGAAAGGAAGCCAAAGCAGUUCCAGUCUCUCUCUCACCUUCAACAUCUGCAGACGUUGCAAGAAGCGUGAAAUUGUUCUUGGAGAGUAGCUUAGAACACUUUUCGCAAGAAUUCCCAUACCUGAGCAAACUGAGGUAUGAAUUCUCUGUUGAAUGUCCGUACUGUUUGCAAAGGGUUCAAGAAUGUGCCAUCCACAGAAAAUCCUCGUGUGCACAUGAGGACUGUUUACACCUUCUCGAAAUUAGACAAGGAAAACGUUUGAUCUGUAUGGAAAGCGUUGGAUGUAGUGAGGUCUUAACAGUUCAAGGACAGGAUUUGUGGUUUUCAUCGGGAGGAACCGAGGAUUCCUGCAAAACUGAUGCGUCUGAAACAUCAUGGGAUGCAACAGCUCGAAUUUACCCGGUUAAAUGUGCGUCACCAUUGAGAGUUACUCUUUUGGCUAGCGAGUGGGGAUCGUCUAUGGGGGGCUUGUCCACCAUCAAUCGACAGCUUGCCAUACUACUGGCCAAACGCAGGGAAAUAGAGGUCACCUUCCUAGUCCCAAAAUUUAUCUGCUCUGAAGAAGACAAAAGGACCGCUUGGAAUCACAAUGUUCUCAUUAAAGAAGCAGAGAAACUUCCUGGUUUUGAUCCCCUUGACUGGUUAAGCUUCCCACCUAAAGAGCUCAUCAUUGAUGUGGUCCUGGGUCAUGGCGCUAAGCUAGGAAAGCAAGCCCAAGUCAUCAGAGAGUCUCACAGGUGCCAAUGGGUGCAAGUAGUGCACACUGCGCCCGAAGAGCUCGGAAUGUUCAAGACCCAUCCUAGAGCCGUUGCUAAAGGAGAACAGAAGAAUACAGCUGAAGUAGAUUUGUGUAAAUUGGCAAAUAUAGUUGUAGCGGUAGGACCCAAGUUGACGGAGGCGUACUCUGCCUAUCUACGCUCAAGCGAGAAGCAGCAAGACAUCUUUAUGUUGACCCCUGGCACAUUCAAGGAGUUUUCCACUUUAAAACAUGCUCCAGUUGACUCUGAAAAGUUUAGGGUGUUGACCUUUGGUCGUGGUGACCCUGAGGACUUCGCUCUUAAGGGGUAUGAUAUCGCUGCUAAAGCAAUAGCUGAACUGGAUGACAACUCCUACCAUCUGAUCUUUGUGGGUGCACCUGAUGGAAAACAGGAGGCAGUCAAAGAACGUUUGCUGCAGAGUGGUAUUUCUAAUCGUCAGCUGAUAGUGAGAAAGUUUUUGCAAUGCCGAGAGAGGUUGAGAGAGUGUUUUUGUGAAGUUGAUCUUUGUAUCAUGCCAUCACGGACGGGAGGGUUCGGCUUAACCGCGUUGGAAGCAUUGUCAGCUGGUCUUCCCAUUCUCGUUAGUGGAAACUCGGGGUUCGGAGAUGCACUGCGUAAAGUGCCGUCCGGAAAAUCUUUUGUGGUUGAUUCUGAGGACCCCAAGGUGUGGGCUGAGGCAAUUACUGUUGUCCAUAAGAAGGAGAGACCAGAGCGUCUACAAGAGACUCAGCGACUGCAGACAUCUUAUGAAGAGCAGUUCAGCUGGGAGAAACAGUGUAACCUUCUUGUUUAUAAGACUGUGGAACAAAGUUCACGGUGCGGGUAUGCUAAUUAUUUUCAUUAAUUCCUUUCAGACUGAUUUUUUUUUUUGGUAUGUAACUUUCCACUAUCAUUGAUAUGAAUACAUCUUCCACCACGAAUUAUGUUUCUAAAACAUAGGCUUUUCAUUCAUUUUUGUGUACAUCGUCUAUGUUUGCCAAAAAGAAGACAACUUUUAAAAAUUGACAGGAUAAAAAAGGAAAGAAAAACAGAAAGGACUCUCCAAAAACGAUAGCAUCAAACUCAAGUUUCAUUAUCUUUCGUGAGACGAGUGUAUUCCAAAACGUUAAUGCACCAGAUGCACAAAUGUUAUAUUGUGCGAUAAGCUCAUGAAAAAAGUUAUAUAUUCCGGUUAUUCACAAUGCAAUUAUUGCUCACUUCGCAUCAUAAUUAUCUGUUAUGACAAAAAAAGAAAGCAAGAAAAAAAAUUGCGCAGCAGAAAGUUUAGUGGAAAUUCUGACCAAUAACCGGCUAUCUUCUGAAGACUGAUAUUUUAUUUUGUUACUUUUCUCAUUAUUGAACCAGAAGGAAGAAUUUGCUUAGUAAAUAAGGUUAUUGACCUGUCAUGCGGGGAACCUGAUUGGGAACUCCUUGUCGUAUUUUUCAAGUUUUUACCUACCAGCUGAAAGAAGAGCCUUAUUCCCGUCGGCAAAGUUUUGGAUCAAUUUAUGUCCUCAUUAAUUAUUUUUCCGUGCAUGACCCUAGUAAUAGGGAAAGAUCUCGUUCAUUUGAGGCUAGCAUGCCACAUGGAUACGAAAUCAGAGAUCUCGACUGGAUUAAUCUCCUUCGCAACCUUAAUUUGGGUAGUUAUUGCUUCACUGACAGAAAACUCGUUGCCGAGCCACAUCAUAUUAAAGUUUCACUU